AUGGAAUCUUUGCUUAUUGGGUCCUUUCAUAGACCAUCAAUUCCAGUUCCUGCUGAGUUUUCUCCACUCAAAACCAGUUCACAUGCAAUAGUACGGGUUUUGAAAUGUAAAGCAUGGAAGAGACCAAAAAAGCACUAUUCCUCUUCAAUGAAGUUGCAGCGGCAGUAUAUCACGCAAGAGCAUGUUGGAGGAAGUGAUCUAAGCACUAUUGCUGCUGAUAAAAAACUUAAACGGAGGUUUUUGGUGCACGCAUCAUCUGAACACCCUCUUGAAUCUCAACCUUCUAAAAGUCCUUGGGACUCAGUGAAUGAUGCCGUAGAUGCUUUCUACAGGUUCUCGCGGCCCCAUACCAUAAUAGGAACAGCAUUGAGCAUAAUUUCAGUUUCUCUCCUUGCAGUUGAGAAGUUCUCUGAUUUUUCUCCAUUAUUUUUCACUGGGGUGUUAGAGGCCAUUGUUGCUGCCCUAUUCAUGAACAUUUACAUAGUUGGUUUAAACCAGUUGUCUGACAUCGAAAUAGACAAGGUAAACAAGCCAUAUCUUCCAUUGGCAUCAGGGGAAUACUCUGUACAAACUGGAGUGAUUGUUGUGUCGUCUUUUGCCAUUUUGAGUUUUUGGCUUGGAUGGAUCGUUGGUUCCUGGCCUUUAUUUUGGGCUCUUUUCAUCAGUUUUGUACUGGGAACUGCCUAUUCAAUAAAUUUACCACUUUUGAGAUGGAAGAGAUUUGCUGUGGUUGCUGCAAUGUGCAUCUUUGCUGUACGAGCGGUGAUAGUUCAGAUAGCUUUUUAUUUGCAUAUUCAGACUUAUGUAUAUAGAAGAACAGCUGUCCUUUCAAGACCUUUAAUAUUUGCAACAGCAUUUAUGAGUUUUUUCUCAGUUGUUAUAGCAUUAUUCAAGGACAUACCUGAUAUUGUUGGUGACAAGAUCUUUGGAAUUCAAUCUUUUACUGUCCGCUUGGGUCAAGAGAGGGUCUUUUGGAUUUGUAUUGGUCUACUUGAAAUGGCUUAUCUUGUUGCCAUCGUAGUGGGUGCAGCAUCUUCCAACACCUGGAGCAAAUAUUUUACUAUUCUGGGUCAUUCUGCUUUGGCUCUUUUACUUUGGACUCGUGCCAAAUCAGUCGACUUCAGUAGUAAAGCAGCAAUAACAUCCUUUUACAUGUUCAUAUGGAAGCUUUUUUAUGCAGAGUAUCUGCUCAUACCGCUCGUGAGGUGA